UUAAUGGAUCAAUUAAUUAAUUUACAAAACAAAUUUACAACAAAUUUUUAUUUGAAGUUUAUUUCUACAGCUUUUGGACUUUGGGGAAUUUACAAAUUUAUGGUUUACCUCUACAAUGCUCGUCAUUGCAAAUUUAAUUUAAAAGACAAAACUGUUGUUAUAAUUGGUGCUAGUUCUGGUAUUGGAAGGGCAAUGGCUUUUGAAUUUUAUAAGAAGGGUGCAAAGUUAGUUCUUGUUGCUCGAAGUGUUGACAAAUUAGAAUUACUUUGUAAAGAACUUGAAGACCAAAAACAACAAUUUAAUAAUUUCCAUAAACCAACUUUUUAUCAAUUAGAUAUUACUGAAUUUGUCAAUUCAGAAGAAGAAAAUUACAAAAAUAAAAUUUUAAAUUUACUCGACCAUUCAAUUGAUGAUAGAAAAACUUUUGAUGUUUUAGUUUGUUGUGCUGGACUUUCAAAUAGAGGAUCUAUUGAAAAAACAAAAAUUUCAAUUUUUCGAGAAUUAAUGGAGGUCAACUUUUUUGGCUUCAUUUACAUUAUCAAAACUCUUCUAAAUUUCAUUCCGGAUGAUGGAGCAAUUAUUAACAUUAAUAGUAUUCAAGGACGGGUUGCCCUCCCUUAUAGAGCUCCUUAUUCUUGUUCUAAACAUGCUUCUUUGGCAUUUUUUGAUAGUUUGAGAGGAGAAGAAAGACCGAACUUGCAUAUUUUGAAUGUUAAUGCCGGAUAUGUUAAUACAGGCUUCGGCUCUCGUGCUUUGAAUGUUGAUGGAAAACCAAUGGGAUUUGAAGAUCACAAUCAAUUAAAAGGAAUUAGUCCAGAAGAAGCAGCCAAAAGAAUUAUCUCUUCGUUAGAAAAUCGUGAAAAAGAAUUGAUAUUAGCUCCAUUCAAAAUUCGACUUUUGGUUAUGCUUAGAUGGUUAUCACCUAGUUUGACAUGGUGGCUACUGACUAAAAAAGCUCAAGCAGAUAAGUAG